AUGCCCCUCCCGGCCGUCGCCCUCCUGCUGCUGGGGGCCCCCCUGGCGCUGGCCGGCACCGGCUGCCUGGGGUACCUGGACGAGGAGGACGCCUGGCACCCCGGCUUCAGCUGCCAGCCCUUCACCUUCUGCUGCGGGACCUGCCGCCACCGCUACUGCUGCCGCGACCUGAGCCUGCUCAUCUCCGAGCUCCAGCAGAAGCGCUGCCUGGGUUUCAGCCCCAAGUUCACGGCGGGCCUGGCCGCCGCCCUGACCCUCUUCCUGGCCGUGGUGGCCGCUGCGGCCGGCUGCUGCUUCUGCUCCUGGCGCUACCUGGCCCGCCGGCGCCGGCGGCUGCAGAGCCCCUUCCCAGGCCAGGAGAUCCCAAUGACAGGCGCCCUGGUGCAGCCGGCGUACCCGUACCCCCAGGACCCCAAGGCGGGCCCCGGCCCCCCGCCCCCGGGCUUCCUGUGCUCCCCCAGUGCUCCUCCCCAGCCUCCCCUCUACCCGGCAGGGCCCCCCGUCUACAGCCCUGCAGCUCCGCCCCCUUACCUGCCACCGCAGCCCACCUACCCCGGAGCCUGA